GACAUCGCAACAGCUGAGCGGUUAAACUUAACCAGUUAUACUCUUUUGUGAUACUUUGAAGAUGAUUUUUCUUGGUUUCGCUUUCCCCAUGGCGUUGCUUAUAGCAGUUAAGCUAGAAAGUCUUACUUGUGCUGAAACGAAUCUGACGGAAACCCCAGGAAAAGAUUAUAAAGAGCAGCCGAAACACCUAGGUGAACAACCAGUACGACGCGUAGUGUGCAGUCUUGGAAGUUUCUCACUUGGUGGUCUUAAACCAGCCUUUUCAGAACAGCAAGGUGUCACUUUUUCCAUCUGCCAAAACAACCACUACGCCACUUUCUAUAAUAAUAAUUGGGGAAUUGCGCGUUAUGCAGUCUACAAGAUAACCCCUUCGCAAGCAAGGGCAGACAGGGUACAAAGACCUAAUGACCCAUGGAAACCGACUAAGAAUCCAGGAAAUAUGAUUAUUCGUCAAGGAAGCAAUGACCUGUAUAAGAAUCAACCUAACCAAGGUGAAUAUGAGAGAGGCCACCUCGUUCCUGUGGAUAUCUUAAGUUACAGCGACGAUAGUGUUCUUGCCACCUUCACCUACACCAACUGCGUACCGCAAAUUGCAAAUUUUAACAAAGGACAGUGGAAAAAGUACGAAAAGAAAAUAGUCAAGUAUGCUUCGUCCGUCUGUUCUCUAAAAGGUGGAACCCUUUACCUGAUCACUGGUACAUCAAAGGUUCAAUUUAAAGAAAAACUUAAUCCUCAAGGUGAAAUAACAGGGGUAGAUACAACAGUCAAACCAAUGGGGUUUUUCCAUGACAACGUGAAUAGAAACCCGAAUCUCGGGUCAAAGAUCGCAAUUCCAAACUCAAUGUGGACAGUGGGCUGUUGUUGGAAUGCUAAGAAUAGAGUCGUGGGAGCGUUUGGUGUGAUGGGCACAAAUUCUUUAAACAAACCCUUAAAUAAGUUUAUGAUGCCCAAACAAAGCGUCGCAUAUGUUGAACGCGUCCUUAAAUUAGAGGAUCCAAAAAUUACGUUGUUUCACGACGACAAUUGCUAUGCACAAGGAAAAAACGUUGCGUUGGUCAAUAUUCCCGAUUAGUAGGAGCAUGGGUACAAUUGUUGACGUCAAGAAUGUUUGGGCACCAUGCAUGAAAUAUCCAGAUCAAACUAAAAUUUCUAGAGCUUUAUUCCUACUCGUUAGGUUAAAACGUAUAAAUAUGCAUGUUACUUUAUCUACAGAACAAUCUCUAUUAUAAUGAAGAAAUGAGAACAGAGGAGUG